AAACCAACAAUUUAGAAAGGUGAUCUGCUGUUAUUUGAGCAGUUGCCAAUUCUGGAAAAGGUCGUAUGAGUAUUGUGUGGAAAUCAUGAUAUCAUCAUGCAAGCUUGCAAAACACAUCCCCCACAUAGCCCAUGCUAAUACUUUUCCCAAUAGAGACGGCAUUGAAUUGGUUGAGCCAAUUACAGAGCAACACGUUGAUAAAGAACUAUAGGCUACCUGAUCUUUUGACUCCACCCCACACCUGUGCAAUGACGCAAUCUGUACAUGAAUCGAAUCGAAUUGGGCUACAACUCACAUUAUUAUUUUAGUUAAAAGUAUUGUGAUGGCAUCGUUCUUGAAAGGUAAGAAAAGAAUCCCAAUGCUAAUAAAAUAUACUGUUUUCGUUUUUUGGGGGGUUUACAAAUACUGUUAAAAAGGUUUCUCCAUUGCCAAACAAUCGCCUGUUAUGCGUAAUAGAAUUCCACCUUAAUAUAGUUUUGUUUUUCAAAUAACAUUCCAGAACGUUUUAUUGAUAGAAGAAACAUGAUUGGUAAAUUCAUUUUUGUAUCGUUAUGCCUAACUGUAUUCGUACAACUGCUGUUGGCCAGCGGUUCAUCUACAUGCAAAGAACAAAUUCCUGCUGUCGGACAAAAGUUGUUUGGGCUCGGGUGUCAUAAUGAGAAAAAACGAAUCGAUCAACUUGUUGGAACUAUCGAUGCCUUAAAAAAGGUCCCGGCCAAAGACACUAUUGCUGAUGUGGAAAAUUCUCUUCGUAGAGAAAGAGCAAAUAAUCAAGAGCUUCAAGUUUUGGUACAGAAAUUAAUUAAAAAAUUAGAAUUGUGCGACGACAAACGUAAAAUGUUUAAUAACUACGUGCUAGAGUCUUUUUUACGCAAUUCGCCUUUUUCUGGAGUAGACAAUUACACUCGGUACACAGUGGCUCGAUUGGGGAUGUUGCCAAUCAAAAAUGCCAAACCUUUGAUACCCAAAUUCGGAACAGUCAUCAACGACGUUCUUUCUUUUCGAUAUCCCAUCAACAUUCCGUCGUGUCCAGCAGCAGAAAUAACAAAUAACACUUGGUCGAACCCAAGUGUUUUCAUAGCGAUUAUAUCGGCUCCGGAACAUUUCAAAGAGCGAAAUAACAUCAGAGAAACUUGGCUGAUACACCUCAAAAGUGCCCUGGAAAAAAAUCUGCUGGGCAUUAGCACCCGAUUCGGUUUCUUUCUCGGUCAGACUCGAAACGAUUCGAUUCAAAAGCGAAUCGAAGAAGAGAAUCAGAAACACGGGGACAUCGUCCAAAUCGAAAUGGACGAUUCGUACCACAAUUUGACGCUGAAAGGCAUCGCCAUGCUCAACUGGGUGCGGCAACAAUGCGCCAGCAAGGUCGACCUCGUUUUCAAAGUGGACGACGACGUCUACGUAAACGUGCACAAUCUCGUUCAUUUCGUCCGGUCCAACUAUCAAUCGAACAACAGUUUGUUUGGCUACGGCAAUUUCGGCUUCUACCCAAUCAGGAUGGAGCUGGGAUACGCGAAAGACUACGCCAAAUGGGACAUGACUUUCAAAGAGUAUCCGUGGAGUCAUUAUCCCAAUUACGUCAACGGUCCGGCCUAUUUCAUGCACUCAAGCGUCGUUAUUCCGUUAUUGGCUGCCAGUCAGACCACUCCUUUGAUCCCGUUCGAGGACGUUUUCCUGACCGGAAUGUGCACGGAAAAAGCCGGUGUCAAGAUGCGAUAUUCCGCAGGCACUCACAGUGUCUUUUAUCGUCCUCUGCCAACCGCUCCGCCGCCGUGUGAUUUGCGAAAAUUCGUCGGGUGGCCGACCGACAAUCAAUUCGUCACCCACUCGGCCGUCGACGAUUUUUAUCGGAACAAGACCCAGUGCGUCGUCACCGAAUCGGAUGGAACCAAAAAGACAAUCGACUUCACCGCCCCCGUUGUCUUCAAGUUCACUUAGUCUGUUAGACAAGACAAUGAAGACAAGAUUAAAUCCCUUUUGGAAAUAACGCUGAAAAAUCGACAUACAUUGGCCUAAUAUAUUAGCAACAACAAUUCGGCGCUUGAUUUAAACUAACAUUAUUAAUCAUUUGUCAUGUACAAGAGAACACUAAUAGUAAAAUAGACUUGCUUUAUCCGGUA